GUACUCUGCCAGCACCGACUCUCUAUCGGUAUUCGGUACCCCUGUAUAAGGCUCCUUCGCCGCGAUACAUUUUGUCCCCUCCAUUUCUUCAAACCCUAUCGAAUUAGGGUUAGCUAAAUCUCCUAUUUAUUUUCCUUUUUAAUUUUCACUUUCAUGCCCUAAUUUUCUCAAAUUUUAAUUAGGGUUAAGGAAUUUUAGUUUCAAUUCAAAAUGAUGCAACAACCCGGAGGAGCUGUCCCACCACCAAUGUCAAUGGACCAGCACCAGCACCAGCACCAGCAACAGCAACAGCAGUACCCGCCUCAGCAAUGGAUGAUGAUGCCUCCUCAAGCUCCACAAACCUGGGCCCAACAACCACCAUUCCAACAGCAACAGCAGUAUGGUGCCGCGCCAGCAAAUGUUUCUGCUCCUGCAGUUGCCUCUGGUGGACCUGAUGAGGUUCGGUCGCUUUGGAUCGGGGACCUUCAGUACUGGAUGGACGAGAAUUAUCUCACUUCUUGCUUCUACCAUACUGGCGAGCUCGUAUCUGCAAAGGUAAUCCGUAACAAGCAAACUGGUCAGUCUGAGCAUUACGGGUUUCUUGAGUUCAGAACUCAUGCUGCUGCAGAAAAUAUUUUACAAACCUACAAUGGCGCACUGAUGCCCAAUGCUGAGCAAACUUUCCGCCUGAACUGGGCUUCUCCUGGUGCCGGUCAAAGGCGCACAGAUGAUAUGCCUGACUACACUAUAUUUGUUGGAGAUUUGUCUGGUGAUGUUACAGAUUACCUCCUACAAGAGACAUUUUCCAGCGUGUACUCAUCAGUCAAGGGUGCAAAAGUUGUGACUGAUAGGAACACUGGACGUUCCAAGGGUUAUGGAUUUGUUAAAUUUGGGGAUGAGGGUGAACAACAACGGGCUAUGACUGAAAUGAAUGGUGUUCCCUGUUCAACUAGGCCCAUGAGAAUUGGCCCUGCUGCUAACAAAACACCUAUGGUUACUACUACUCCAAAAGCUUCCUUCCAGAAUACUCAGGGAAAUCAGGGCGACAGCGAUCCAAAUAAUACCACAAUAUUUGUUGGUGGUCUAGACCCCAAUGUUACGGAUGACCAUUUGAAGCAAGUCUUUUCCCCAUAUGGUGAACUAGUCCAUGUAAAAAUACCAAUAGGAAAGCGUUGUGGGUUUGUCCAGUUUUCUAAUAGGCCAUCUGCUGAACAAGCUCUAUCAAGCUUGAAUGGUACCCAAUUAGGUGGGCAAAGUAUUCGCCUUUCAUGGGGACGUAGUCCUUCAAACAGACAGUCAGAUCAGACCCAAUUGGGUGGCGGUUCAUAUUAUGGUUACUCACAAGGGGGGUAUGAAGCAUAUGGUAGCUAUGCUCCACCUCAAGAUCCAAACAUGUACUACGGAGGCGCGGGAUAUGCAAAUUAUCAACAGCCACAGCAGUGAUCUGCAAUGGUCAGAAUUCUUGGAGCUGUGGGAAUUAGCUUUGAUGUGUCCCUGAUUAGCUUCACCAAUGUAUCCAGCUAGCAUUACUGGUGGAUAAUGUUACUGAAUUUGGUUUGUGUACUGGAUGAUGAUGUGUUCUGCCAUAUUACUGUGGAGUCUGUUUACCAUUUCCAAUUUCAUUUCCAAUUUUAGCUUUCGGAGGUUUUGAGUGAUGAAUUUUGUUAUGAUUAAAUGUUUGAUUUUUAGUGUUUUUUCGACAUUUGAACUGUCAUGGCUUGAAUUAUAUUUUGAAUUUCCAUGAGAUAAUGUGGGUUUA